AUGACUACGGAAACUCGAAGGCGACCGAGGGUUGCUAUGGAAACUGGAGGACUACCGUUGGUAUCCACGUUUGUUCUACUCACAAUAGUUGCAGGUCAGCUGCAAGGGUCAGGCUAUAGCGAGGUGGACCCGGAAUUUCUCUCCCCGUUGGAAAAUAUUACCGUCGCACAAGGGCGUGACGUUCAUUUUACAUGCACCGUCAACCAUCUGGGCGGGUAUAAAGUGGCAUGGAUUAAAUCUGACACGAAAACAAUUCUAGCUAUACACACACACAUGGUUACUCUCAAUCCUCGGCUGUCAGUAACACACAACGGUCACAACACAUGGAAGUUGUACAUAAGCAAUGUGGAACCCAAGGACUCAGGCACUUAUAUGUGUCAGAUCAACACCGACCCCAUGAAAAGUCAGACGGGUCAUCUCUCUGUCGUGAUCCCGCCGGAUAUAGCAGACGACGAUGGGUCUGAAGCAGGGGCGCCGGAAGGUGGUUCCGUAGAGCUUCGAUGUACAGCGACUGGAGUACCAGAACCAACCAUCUCGUGGAAGCGCACUGGAAGACGAAAUAUUGUGUUCCGUGAUGACAAUGGAAAAGAAGUUAAAGUAAUGGAAUACAUGGGUUCAACGCUCGCGCUGAAAGAUCUCAAACGGACAGAUAUGGGCACGUACUGGUGCAUCGCUGCUAACGGAAUACCUCCGACCAAGAGUCGGCGUUACGAGGUGUCUGUGUAUUUUGAACCGAUAGUUCGGGCAGCCAGCCUUGUUCUGUGGCGCGCCAUGGAUAUGCAAGUUACUCUGCAGUGCUAUGUUGAAGCUUCGUCGAAGUCGCUCACUAUGUGGCAGCGAGGAAAAUCGCAAGCAGGUGCCAAGUUACUGAACAGUUCGGACUACAUAAUAUCCGAGGACUCUCUGAACGAGUACGCGAUGCGCAUGAACUUGACGAUAAACCGCCUCAAGAAAAAUGACUUCGGGGAGUACACUUGCUCCGCGUCAAAUGCAUACGGGAGAGCUAAUGCCACCAUCGUACUAAAAGAAACACCGCGAAAGACUACCACGACCACAACGACGACAACGACCACUACUACAACAACAACAGAGCGACCGACAACAACACUCGCGACAACAACAAAAUCGCCGAAGAGACAUUUUAAGAAGCAGCAAGAUUGGAAUCAGAACACCCUCGAUGUUGAAUCACACGGAGUCAACGCUUACAAUAUUUACAAUUUAAACCCAUACGGACACACAAACACUAGCCAUAACGAAUAUGCUCAAAGAACUGAAAGGCAGAAAGUACGGCCGUCUGGACCGCCUCCACAUUACGUCGUUUACAACAAAGGAACUCCUGAUAGCAUUUACAACAAUCCCGCUGUUGUUGUUAUCACAGUAAUAGCUGUGCUCAUUGUGUAA